AAACCACUCUCUCGCGACUUGACAGAGUUAACUGGGACUUCUUCACGAACACGCGCUUGCCCAAGCUGGCUUUCAUAUACCUUUGCCGCCAGAAGAGAUCACUUUCUACUCAAAUGACGUUUUUUUACUAGCCUGCAAUGGCAAUCUAAGAAGAAACGUAGGCAGGAUAAUAACUUUUUUGACGCUAGGAAUUAUUUCAUGAUCAUAUUGGAAGGAUAUACAACAAACUGGUAUCUGGGUUACAUCAGACGGACGCAAAGGAUCUGUCACCAUUCACAUGCAACGCUAAGUUAAGAAGUGCUCUCCCGUGAGGCUGCAAGCGUGAUCAACAUGGGGAUAUAUGGAAUAUCAAAGCUCUCUAUUCUGAGUGGCAUUCUCUUCUUAAUCUUGCAAAUUGGGGCAGCUGACAAGCCUUCACCGUCGUCGGAUACAGCAAGAUCGUCAACGACAACACUUCUACAAGAAGCACGACAAGGGAUUUCGGCAAUACACACAGCAACUCAUUUAUCCAGUCAAAAAACUCAGUCAUCACUAAAAGGAGCUGAACAAGUGUCAUUAAAUGUCGAUGCCCUACACGCUAUUGACAAUGACAGAUUAAGACAAUUACAAGAUGAAAUAUCAGAUAUAAAUCAUAGAAAAUCAUCAUCUGUUUCCACUGCUGCAGCACCUGAAGAUUUGUUAACAGAAAUACCAAUAUAUAUAACGAAAGCAACGUCAGACUCGAAAGAAUAUGUAACAGAAACAGAUGUGAGAGCAAAAUUUGGGACAACGGCGAGCGAUGAAACGUUAACCAAAGUCGAUACGAACUUACAAACAACGACAUCCUCAGAGACCCUAACGGAAGUCGAUUCGAAUUAUUUAUUGUCCGCCACGACAUCUGCAGCUGAAAUCCUUACUGAAUCACCUUCGAUUUCAUCGUCGGGAUGGACAACAAAGCAGGCUGAGAUCUUAACGGUGUCACCAGCGACGCAUCAACCCGACGGUGAAGUUCUGGCGACCAAAGCAGCGUCGAAGUCAAGGACGACGGUCGCUGUUCACUCAGAAUUGAUUACGGAAGGAGUGGAGGAGACGGAAGCUUCGACAGUCGUUCCAGCCGCUUCAGCCGCUUCAGAUCAUGUUACAAUUGCAGAUACCACGGACAGUGGCGUGUUGCAGGGUGACUUGAGUAUAGAUCGUACUUCAAGAACCAAGGAAUCAGUGAUCGGGGGAGACAAUGCAGAAUUCCCUACUAGGGAUGAAGCUGUAAUAGACUCGACAUCAACACCAUCACAACACGCUUUCGUUCUUCCCGCCGGAUACGUUUCGCCGCCUGAAGAGAAUGAUGCUGACGUUGUGGACGACGACGACAAUGCAAUCCAUGUUAUCGCGCGGCCCAUUCCUGUCACAGAUGGUCCAAGUUCUGCCAACAACAUUGGUGCUAUGCCACAUCAACCUCAGACAACCCCGAGUACUCUUAGUGGUGCACCUAAGGAAGACCACGAAGAACUAGAAGGGGAUCUGUCGCCGAAGGUGACCACGAAACCGAAGGAAGCUGAGACGACGACGACGUCUGAUGACGUAGUCGCUGUCAUUUCCAUGACGACCGACGAAGUAACAACGGUGCGAAGUUCGACUGAAUAUGAAUUGAAAGUUUCGACUGAGAAAAUUUCAGAAGCUGCGCCAGCCGAGACACUUGAAGAAAAACUAUCUGGAUUCUUUCGAUGCACCGACGGGACACUUAUCGACAUUACAUCCCUUUGCGACAAGAAAGCUGAUUGCCCAGAUUAUUCGGAUGAGGAUUCUUGUAAUGCUGACGAGAAGGAAAACCUCACGAAACAGAUUCAUCGACCAUCAUUGAAUUGGAACGAAGUUGCGCCGAAGGGAUCACGUGAUGACAUACUUAUCCCAUUGGACGAUUCACGAUUAUCGGCCGUGGUUGAAAUGGAACAGAGUCGAACUGAGGCACCGACCACUUUUCGAUGUGAAGAAGGAGGCGAUAUCAUCCCAAUUACGGCCGUGUGUGAUAAGCGAGCUGACUGUCUUGACUACUCUGACGAAUUCAACUGCGAUGGCAAUAAACACGUGACUGAAGCUACGACCACCAUGGACACCGUUACAAAACUGUCAUCGACGAAGCCAAAGUUUGAAAGUUCACCUACCAUCGAGGUUCUAAAUGAGGACGAUGAGGUGAUGGAGUUUUUCCAAUGUCUGGAUGGUAGCGCUGUCGUUCCGAUGAGAGCUGUGUGCGAUAAGAAGUGGGACUGUCUCGAUUUCUCUGACGAAGACGAAUGUGAUUCGCAUGGCAAACUUCCUAUUACCAAAGCAAACAAGACCAAGCCAGGAAUGGCAUGGGCGACUCCUCGAACACCGGCAGACCUCCCGGAUAGGGAACAGAAUAUGAUUGUUCAAGAAAUGCCAGAUGCAAAGGGCACUCUUCCAGAGUUUUGGCUUUGUGAGAACGGUAACUACAUCUUUAUCAGCUCCGUAUGUGACAAGAAGGAUGAUUGUGGAGAUUUCUCAGACGAAGAUGACUGCACAGGUAACCGGAAAAUUCCCACCACCGAAGCUCCAGAUACUGUACUGGUUACCACACCCUCAUCAUUAUCCAACCUAGCAGAGAGGGGGACACUUUCCAUGACCACAAUCAUGUCUACAACCGUCCAAUCAACACCAGCGUCUCUUACCCUCUUCCACGCUGAUGAUGUGAAGUCAUGGUCACAAGGGGUGACACCUGCAAUGAAUAAUAUGGAAGAGAAGUAUCCCGCCGCAAUUUUUCAGUGCGACGACGGCCAAGAAAUCGAAGCCAUGAAAGUCUGUGAUCAUAAUGUUGAUUGCUACGAUGGAUCCGACGAAGAUGAUUGCUACGGCGGCUGGUUUGAGGAACCAAACGCGAGGCUGAGAUUUGCAAGAGAGGCCCAAACCAGUGAGCCGGGAUCUGGAACAGGUCCAACACCGAUCGUUUGUGGUGUUGGAUGUUUUCAAUGCAAUGAUGACACUUGUAUUAAUGAGACACUCACUUGCAAUGGCAACGUCGAUUGCUCUGAUGGAGAAGAUGAGGAUCGUUCUACAUUAUGCAUUGGCGCCUGUGACUUCCCCACCCUCGAUGACCGUGUUGUCUUAGCAACAGGCACUCCUUCUCAAUCUCUGUACCUGAAUGGGACAGUCCUGGUUUUGGACUGCAUUCUCGGCAGCGUAAUUACUGGCGAUUCCAGUAUCACAUGCCUCGAUGGGUCAUUCUCUGCUGGUCCAAUAUGCUCACGAAACUGUCACAUAGAUCUUGAUCGCAAUGCAUUGACCUGUAGUUCCAAUGUGUAUACACAUGGCUCAAACCCAAACUGCGACUGUGAGUCUGGAUACGAGUUGGAGCUUGCAAAUGAAGAUAUUACAUGCAGUGACAGUCUGUUUCUCCCAGCACAUCCCCAGUGUAAAGAAACGAAUGAGUGUCUUAUGACUCCUACCCCAUGUGACUCUCUGGCCUCUUGUUUCAACAUGCCGCUCGGUAGCUUCACAUGUAUUUGUGACUCAGGUUACACGGGCGAUGGAAUAACUUGCGAAGACAUCGACGAGUGUCCAUCAGACUGCCAUCAAAAUGCAACAUGCAUAAACACACCUGGAUCUUAUACAUGUGAAUGUAAUAAUGGGUUUCUUGGAGAUGGUUUUACAUGCAUAGAACAAGUCUACUAUAGCUAUGGUACAGCUGCUGGUGAUACUACAUUUGAUGCUACUCCAGGAGUUGCCAAUAUUGAUGGCUACACUGUAUCUGGACCAAUUGCGCGUAUGCAGUUACUUCCUAUUGGUGAACAGCUCUUCCAAUACAUAUAUAUUACCAAUAGUGGUGUGAUUGCUUUUAAUAACGACCCCAGUGUGGACUUGAGUGAGUUCUCCCAUCCAUCUGCCUUCACCGCCAACAGUUCUACCAUGCCGGCUGUGUCUGUUUUCGGCAGUGAAGCUCGAACUUCAACCAGCUCAGCUCGACGUGCGAUCAGCUCAGACUCCACCGUGUAUUACCAUGUCUACGAGAGUACAGCUACAGAUGAGUUUACAACAGAGCUUCUUGCCAAUGUGUCCAUUCAGGUCAACAAUGCUGUUCUUUUAGGGAAUACCCCAAUGUCUCUUUAUGAACCUAAAUGGGCCAUGGUCAUCACCUGGGUUGACCUCAGGCGUUUUGGCACGGAAGAGUUUACUACUGAGACUGACACCUUCCAGGCAGUGCUGACAACAGAUGGCUCUAAAACUUACGUAGUACAGCUCUACCAAGAAAAUUCUAUGUUGUGGGACGCAGACCAAUUAAAUGCUGCUGUGACCCCAGUCAUCGGAUAUCGAACUUCAACCAGCUUCUUCGACCUGCAAACAUCAGAAAGCUACUCCCGCGCCGCGAUGUUCCGGCCAGAUGGUCUAGCUGGUAAUAUACUAAGCGUUGGGUCUUCCCGUAAAGGGCAGUUUGUCUUUCGGUUGGACCAGAAUCCAGACGAUUUUGUCAAUCCUGCAGAGUUCUGUCAGGAUUGGUAUGAUGAUGCCACUACUCUGUCACCAAGUACACGAGGUGUCCUUCCCUGUCCAUGUACACUCCAACAAGCCGCAAGCGAUUUCAGAUUCACAGCUUGCACUCCCUACGUGCCCAUCAACCAAUUCGCAUUUGGCACAUCAUCAGUUGACCCCUAUCCAAGCUACCUAGAGGAUAGUAACCAGUGCUUGCAGCAGGUUUUCCCCUCGUUUGACUUUACUGGCUCCCGCUGCAUCUACAACCACAGUGACAGUUUGGUAGUGGGGUAUGAUUCUAUGUGGGAAAGUAGCCACUUACAGAACAAACUGACCGUUAGUAGAUCACCCUUCAGUUCUUUUUAUCAAGAAUGGAUAUUUGACGAUGUCUUGCCACGUCACUACUGCUGUAGUCAGUCAUCAGAUGCUUACUUCUGUAAUUUGUAUGAGGAGAAACGACCACCUAGGACUUGCAAUGGUUACGUUGCAGUUUCACAAGCUUGGGGCCGAGGUGAUCCUCAUAUUACUACCCUGGACACGUUUGAGUAUAUCUUUAAUGGCUUGGGAGAGUACACGCUGAUAAUGAUUGAUUCUAUUGGCUUCAAGCUCCAGGGUCGGACGGAGAAAGCCUUUGACAAUUCUGGGGCAGAAGUGAACACUGGAACUGUCUUCACAGCAUUUGUAGUUUCACAGGGUGCUACAACGGUUGAAUUUGAUCUGAAUGCAGAGAGGACUGACAUGACCAUCCUGAUUAAUGGCACUAGUUCCAUCGACCCUGCAGACCUGCAGACAUCUGAAUAUAACUCUUCUGAUUCGAUGUUUAACCUUCGUUACAACUCUGUGACUGGAGCUCGAUAUGUAGCCACUUUUAGAGAUAGUACAUCCGGUGAAGACGUGACUGUCAAUGUUGGUAUCAGUCUCCGCAUGUUGGACUUCAUAUUCCAGGCACCGGAGGUUUACAAGGAUGGAUCAACAAGAGGCUUGUAUGGUGUGUGGGAUGGCGAUAUAAACAACGAAGUGACGUUCCCUAACGGUACUAUAUUGCCAAAUCCUGAAAGUAUCUCUGAAGACGACCUAUUCAACUACGGACAAUCAUGGCGCGUCGAUAGUGCUGAUUCGUUGUUCACAUACCAGAGUCCUAAUGUUUGGAAUACAUUCAAUGGGAUUAGUUUCACACCGAUGUUCCUUAGCGAACUCAAUAUGACAGCAGAUCCAGCAUUGAGGGCUGCAGCAAUGGUCGACUGCAGUGGGGAUACUUCCUGCCUGUUUGAUGCCUUGGCUACCAAAGAUGUCUCCAUUGGUACAAACACGAUGAUGAUUGGCAUGUCCAGGGAUCAGCAAGUUAUUGAUCUAGAAAACUACUCUCCUAUUCUGAGCAACUUGACAGAGAUUAACCCCGAUGCAACGUAUCCAGGCAUCAAUGCGAACGGCGUGUUCAACCUUAUUGUUAACCAAUCCUACACAUUCCAGGCUACAGCUAUGGAUAGAAACCCGAAUGAUGUCAUCACGUAUUCUCUUGACGGCAACGUCCCAUCCAGUGCCCAAAUUGAUUCUACCUCUGGUAUAUUUACCUGGACACCAGAAAACGUUGAUCAGGUUCUGAUAGGAAUUCAGGCCAGUGACGGCUCUGUCUCUCGUUAUCUCCAGCUUUUAAUCAUUGUCUGUAAUUGUGAAAACGGUGGAAGUUGUGAUUUCAAUUCCAUGAUGGAAGGCUACAGUCUCAACAAUGACAAAUUUUCGAUUGCCCAAUGCACCUGCGCCAUGGGUUAUGCUGGCUCAUUCUGUCAGGAUGACUUCGAUUCCUGUGAGCUCGACCCCUGUUACCCUGGGGUGACCUGUAUCGAUGAACCCCCUCCCAGCAUCUCCGCAUCGUGUGCUGCCUGCCCCCCGAGCCUCACAGGAACUGGAUUCCAGUGCUGGGAUUUGGACGAGUGUGCCGAAAGUGUCGAUGGAUGUGAUCAGCUGUGCAUUAAUAGCGUCGGCUCAUUUAGUUGCGACUGCAAUAUUGGCUACGAUUUACAACCUGACCUCAAAGCCUGUCAAGAUAUUAACGAAUGUGACCGAGCCACUGAUAUUUGUGAUGAGAAUGCCAAUUGCAUUAACAACAAUGGAUCCUAUACCUGCGAAUGCAACGAUGGAUAUGUCAUACAAGCAGAUAAUAGAACAUGUACCGAUGUUGAUGAGUGCACUGAUUCAGCGCCAUGUGAUGUAAACGCUGAUUGUGGCAAUGUGAUUGGCUCAUACACCUGCACAUGUCGCAGUGGUUACCUAGGUGAUGGCAGAGCAGAAUGCAAAGAUGACAAUGAGUGCUUCAACCCUGAACGAAAUGACUGUUCUGAUUUUGCUUCCUGUGAGAACAAGGAAGGAUACUAUGUGUGCCUUUGUUUGGAAGGAUAUGAGGGUUCUGGUCUGAACUGCACUGAUCGUAAUGAAUGCUUGGAAGGAGUAUCCCAGUGUAGCUUGGAAGCUGCCUGUCAAAACGUCCCAGGAAGUUUCAUGUGCAGCUGUGAUACAGGUUACACAGGAGACGGUAACACCUGCGUAGAUGUUGACGAAUGUGCCGAUUCUUCAUCAAACAAUUGCGAUGUGAACGCUCUCUGCAGCAACUCACUUGGUUCAUUCUCGUGUGCCUGUAAUGCUGGCUAUGAAGGGGAUGGAACCACUUGCACAGAUGUUGACGAGUGCAUGUCAGGUCCUGAUUUCUGUGCUUCAACUGCUACAUGUACUAACAGCCCUGGAUCGUACAUUUGUACUUGCUUUGACGGAUUCAGUGGAGAUGGAUUCGCUUGCACUGACAUUGACGAAUGUGUAGAGCAGAUUGAUAAUUGCAUGCAGAAUUGCAUCAAUCUAUUGGGAUCCUUCAUCUGCUCCUGUAAUCCUGGUUUUGUAUUGGAUGCAGAUGGUGCCACCUGCAACAUUGCUGCUGGAAUGGCCUGUACACCUGCUGAAGACCCCUGUACUGGGGGCGGGACGUGUAUGAAUGCUGCCGGGCUCAUCACAUGUACCUGUCAAAGAGGUUUCGAACCCUCUAGUGCUACCAACUGCCAAGAUAUUGAUGAGUGCGCUGCCAUGACGGAUAACUGUGAUACGUCAGUUGGUGUCUGUACAAAUACACAAGGUGGAUACACCUGUUCCUGUGCAAGGGGGUAUAUGCUGGCAGCGGAUGAAAGGACAUGCUCAAAUAUUAAUGAAUGUGAGACAGGAAAUGACUGUUCACCUGACGCUGUCUGUAAUGACUUACCUGGCACCUUCACCUGUAUCUGCAAUGCAGGAUACAGUGGAAAUGGAAUUACCUGUGCAAAUGAUAAUGAAUGUGACUUGUCGCCUUGUGUGGCGGAUUCUGUAUGUACGGACACUGUUGGCUCGUUCGUUUGCUCAUGUGCGCCUGGUUAUGUUGGUGACCAAGUCAGCGGUUGUAAAGAUAUGGAUGAAUGCAUUGGUAUGCCAUGUGAUGUCAACGGGAACUGUACAAACACCCCCGGAUCAUUCACUUGCACCUGCCUUGCAGGUUUCUCUGGUAACGGUUUUACCUGCCAAGAUAUCUUGGAGUGUAAUGACCCCAACAUUUGCGUAGCCAACAGCGUCUGCAUAGAGCGAGAGGGUUCAUAUACCUGCGACUGUAUUGACGGUUACCGUGGUGAUGGAACAGAAGACUGUGUGGAUGUUGACGAGUGCCUGGGUGAUUCAACCAUCUGCCACCUUCAAGCCACCUGCACCAACACAGAUGGCUCGUACAAUUGCUCCUGCAAUGCAGGAUAUGAGGGAAAUGGAACAUCUUGCUCAAAUAUCAAUGAGUGUGAACGUGGUACCAUUGACUGUGACGUUAACUCCAACUGCACUGACACCGAUGGCUCGUACACCUGCUACUGUAUAGACGGCUAUUUUGAUGCGACCGGAGGCCGUGCUGCAGCAGGGCAGUGUGCCGAUGUGGAUGAGUGUGCUUUGGGAGUAGACGCUUGUGAUGUAAACUCAGUGUGCAUGAACAACAACGGAAGCUACACCUGUGUCUGUAAUGCUGGGUACAUGCAUGUGACCCGGACAACGUGCACAGAUGUCUUGGAGUGCUCACAGACUCCCGGCCCGUGCAACUCUCGAGCAUUUGAGAUCUGCAUUGAACUAGAGGGUGGAUAUGAGUGCGCCUGUCAGUCCAGCACCUACCGAGUUCGUGAUCAAUGCACAAUGGCAACCACCCUGUUUUUGAUAGCAGAAUUCCUGGACAUCCAAGGGUUGGUCGUAGAGUACUAUUACGAUGAAUUGACCAGUGAAACUAAUCGUCAAGGACUUGCUAAUGAUACUAUGGCUGUUCUCAUGGCUUCAUCGACUUUCCCUGAUGUCCUUGAUGUUUCUGUUCAAUCAAUGAGACUGCUAGAAGGUGGCAUGGUCGCUGAGGUUAUAUUUCGUGUGGACAUUCUUAUCACCAACACAGCAACAGAGAAUGACCUAGCCAUGGUGUUUGAUAAUGGUCUCACUGGAACCUACAAUGACAUCCUUGAUCCAGAUAACAGGGUCUAUGUCCAGGCAGAAAUUGAUGUUGAUACUAAUGAAUGCGCUAACACCACUAUAUGUCCGACCAUGUCAAUGUGCAUCAACACUGUUGGAAGCUUCUCCUGUAAGUGCUUUGAAGGAUAUACCUUCACUGAUAACAGCAACGACACAUGUACAGACUUGGAUGAGUGUUCAGCAAACAUCUGUAGCAUGGACUCUAAUUGUACAAACAGCAUUGGAAGCUUCAAUUGUGUGUGUAACAUGGGCUAUACUGGUGAUGGAAUAACCUGCACUGAUAAUGAUGAAUGCGAAAUGGUUAGUACCUGUCAAAGUAACGAAGACUGCAUAAACGUACCUGGUAGCUACAAUUGCUCAUGUGCUAGUGGUUACUCUGGUACUUCACCAAUGUGUCAAGACAUUGAUGAAUGUGUGCAACAGACUGAUCAAUGCUCCCAGAACUGUAUUAACAAUGUCGGGUCCUACGGAUGCAGCUGUAAUUCUGGCUAUGACUUAGAUGCUGAUGGUUUCACCUGCAAUGAUAUCAAUGAAUGUGUAACUGCUAAUGAUUGUGGUAGUAACUCAAUGUGUAACAACACAGUCGGCAGCUACAUAUGCACGUGUAACACGGGGUACAUGGGUGCACCUCCAGGCUCACUGUGUCAAGACAUUGAUGAAUGUGUGCAACAGACUGAUCAAUGCUCCCAGAACUGUAUCAACAAUGUAGGGUCCUACGGAUGCAGCUGCAAGCCUGGCUAUGAAUUAGAUGCUGAUGGUUUCACCUGCAAUGAUAUCAAUGAAUGUGUAACUGCUAAUGAUUGUGGUAGUAACUCGAUGUGUAACAACACAGUCGGCAGCUACAUAUGCACGUGUAACACAGGAUACAUGGGUGCACCUCCAGGAUCACUGUGUCAAGACAUUGAUGAAUGUGUGCAACAAACUGACCGAUGCUCCCAGAACUGUAUCAACAAUGUCGGGUCCUAUGGAUGCAGCUGCAAUCCUGGCUUUGAAUUAGAUGCUGAUGGAUUCACCUGCAAUGUCGCUCCUGGAAUGGAAUGCAAUGCUGUACUUGAUCCUUGCACAGGAGGUGGGAUGUGUAUGAAUGCUACUGGCCUUAUUAAUUGUACCUGCCCAAGAGGGUUCUCCAAGUACAAUGAUACCCAUUGCCAAGAUAUUGAUGAGUGUACUGCCAUGACGGAUAACUGCGACAGGUCAGUUGGAACUUGUAAUAAUUCACCAGGUAGCUACAACUGUUCAUGUACAGAUGGGUAUAUGCUAGCAGCUGAUCAAAGAACAUGCUCAGAUAUCAAUGAAUGUGUAACUGCUAAUGAUUGUGGAAGUAACUCGAUGUGUAACAACACAGUCGGCAGCUACAUAUGCACGUGUAACACAGGAUACAUGGGUUCGCCCCCAGGAUCACUGUGUCAAGAUAUUGAUGAGUGUGCCGGUGGCAGUAAUCCGUGCACUUUGGCUAAUGAGGAGUGUGUGAACACAGAUGGAAGUUACCAAUGUGUGUGUGCUGCAGGCUUCGUGAGGACAAGCGGCUAUUGCCUGACUAGCUCCACCAUCACUGGGUCCAUCACCAUCAACCUGGUAAACGGCAGGAUCGCACCGUACACAGCCUCGCUAUCAGAUCCAACGUCGGAGGAAUACAUGGACUUGGAAGCCCUAGUCUGUGCAGCGUUUCUAAAUGUGAUUAAUGGUUGGGUAAACGCCAGCACGCCAUACCCCAUGUCCUCUUGUGAGGUCACCAGCUUUGCUGCGGGUACAUACCCAGAGACGAUCGUGUCAUAUGUCAUCACCGUGUAUGGGGAGGAUACAGAGGAAGUAGCAAAUUCUACAUCCGAUAUCAUGAGCAACGGAUUCUCUGGCGCUCCUUUAGUUUGGACUGAUGAGAACGGGAACACCGUCCAACUUAUAUCUCUCUUCUUUGAUAAUGCUUCGGAGUGCAUGUUAGGAACAUCGUGUUCAGGAGUAAAUGAAGGUUGUACUGAAUUAGAGCCAGGCUUUGAGUGUUACUGCGCCAAUUCUUCUAGACUAUACGAGGAAAUGUGUUUGUAUUCUACAAGACUGACUGGAAGUUUCCGAUACAAUCGCAUUAACGGUGAUCAAGUGACCUACCGUCCUGAAUUAGCAGACACAGGCUCAGCUGAAUUCACCAAUAUGACUACCAUCACAUGUGAUGUGUUCAUGUACCAGAUAAAUAUAUGGGUGAAUGUCGAUGUGCCGUACACCUUCAUCGAAUGUAACAUCACAGCCUUCCGCCCAGGAAGUAUCAUCGUCGACUUCAUCAUCGAUAUCUACGGCACCUCUCAGAUGGAAGCCAUGAUGAGGGCCCAGGUCGCUAGUGAUAAUGGAUUCCAAGGUUCUCCAAGUAACUGGACAGGGAAUGUUUAUACCAUCUAUGUAGAAGAACUUAUAUAUGAGAACCUGUGUGAGCCAUCUCCGUGUGAAAAUGGAGGGGCAUGCCUGUAUGAUGUCACUUCAAAUACAACAUCUUGUUCAUGUCCGCCUGGCUUUGGUGGACCAGUCUGCGAAAACAAGGUUGCCUGCGAGGGCUAUACUUGCCAGAACGAAGGAGUAUGCCAAGUGGACAUAAUAGGAGAUCCAUAUUGCGAAUGCCCCGCACAGUACACAGGGACGUUUUGUGAAAUUCCAGUUUCCUGUGAGGAGUUGGAUUGCCAAAACAACAGCACUUGCGAAGUUGACAGCAAUGGAGUUGCCUCCUGCACUUGCUUGGAUGGGUAUGAAGGAGUCAGGUGCCAGCUAGAAUCAACUCCUGGUCUCUCAACCGGCGUCAUUGUCGGUAUCGUUUUAGGAGUUGUUGGUUUCGUUCUCCUCGUCAUCGUUCUCUGCUUCUGCUGCAUCAUCGUCUUUGCUGCUCGUCGUCGACGGCAACGCAAGCGAGAGCUCUUGGAGGGAGCAGAGAACUGGGGUUACGGAGGGCGUCGUUAUGCCCCUGCAGUCGCCGUCCCCGCCCAAUCAUCGGCGCCAUCACGUGGCGCAGUGGUGCGCAACGACCCGGCAGAGUUUGCCAGCGAGUCCUCGGACAACUUCUACUACUACCAGAACACCAGAGCUCGACCGUUGGGUGGUGCAGCGCGUCCCUCUGCUCCUCCUGCUAGGCCAAUGUUUAACUUGGAGGAUGAUGACGAUGAUGACACCAUUGAUAGUAGAUUCUCAGGCAUCAUUAGAAACAUGUGGAAUAUGCAUGCCGAUCAGCGACCAGAAGCGUCUUUCGACCCCAGAGAACUUCCUUCCACAAGUAACUUCAUGGCUGGUGGUAUACCCCGUGCUUCUGUACAACCAAGGAAUCUCUAUCCUGAAUACCACAAUGCAGGCUUUGAGAGACCAUAUGUUGCUGAUGGUACAGAGAGCAAUGCAUAUUCCGAGGAGACUGAAGAAUUCAAAACGUACCGUGGAAAAGGUAGAGACAAGUCUCGAGGCCCUAUGGAUCCCUACAAUUAUUUCUAAACAAGCCAUGCUCUCUGACUGCGUGGCCAUCUGGCUGAAUCAGCCGAAGUCUUCCACAAAUACUUUAUUUAUAUUAUUUUUAUAUGAUGUUAAAAUGAAAUGUAAUACCAAAGUAUUACCAUACAAACUAUAAACAAAAUUUUCCUUUGCCAAGGACAUUUUCUGCUUUAGGGGUAUUAUUAGACUCCAAAUGUUUUGAACCAAGUAGAAAUCGUCAUGGGAAUUAGCAUUACAAGGAAGAUUAAUGUUGGCUUGUAGGUUGUUAUUUAUCUUUUAUGGUGCCACAAGAUUAGUGUUUUAUUGUAUCUGUUACGACCAGGGUCAAUGAGUGAGCAUAUGCUUUAUUGAGUCUCUACAUGUUAAAUGUGGUUUCAUUUUUUUUAAAUACUAUUAUACAGAAAGUGUCAGCAAGUUCUAUCAGUACUUUUUAUGUGUCAUUGUUAUUGUCAUGGUGAAUAACUGCUGCUAUGAUAGCUGUUUUGAAGACUGCAUUAGUUUAAUUUCCUUUGUAUAUUUCAACUGUAAUAGUAAAACAGUUAACAGUAACAAAAAAAAAAAAAAACAAAACAAAAAAUUAUUAUUUUUUUGUAAUUGUAUGAUGCAGAGGUAUUUGUAUUGCAAUGUGCAAAUGAACAUGUAAAGAAUUAAUUUGAAAUUGAUGUCAUAUAUCACCUAAUGGUCUAAAUCAUAUAACUUUGAAUAUAAACCUCCCUCAAACAGUUUUAUUGUAGUUUUUAAAUUACCCUUCUUCACCCCUCCCCGUCUCUCUCUCUCUCUCUCUCUCUCUCUCUCUCUCUCUCUUGAAGUAUGCAUAGAUCUCUUCAAAUUUGUGAAUUAAAAAAAAAUGUAAGCAUUUAGUAGGCUAUAACCCCUCCCUACCUGCCAAGGAACUUGCUUAGUCUAAUAAUGUACUUGUCUCCUGUUUGUUCUAAAUGUUAACUCCCUUCACUUUUCCUAUGGAUUUCCUUGAUGCAGUCACUUAAAAAAUAAUAUCUUCGCCUGAAUUAUUGCUAUUAGGCCUAUCUUGAAUCCACUACAUUUUGAAGUAGCUUGUGUAGUAUAUGAGUAAAUGUGUAAAUGUGUAUAUGAAUAUUAAGGGUGUGUGUAUGUGUGUGUGUAUAUAUAUAUACAUAUAUGUAGGUUUUAUUUUUGUUUACAGGGUAUUCCUGUGCUGUCAAUAUUUCAUUCAUAUUAAAACAUAAUAUAUGCAGAUGUUUUUAGAGAGAUUAACAAGAUUUUACAUCCUUAAAUUUGUCAUCUUUGGCUUCCGUACUCGAUUACAAAAUGUCUUCCUUCAUCUUUGUUCUUAUGAUAUGUAUGCAUCGUGAAUGCAAUAUGAAUGUAGCAAGAGAAGCCAAUAUACUUCUUUUUUAAAUUUAAUAUACAAUGCUUUUAUGUAAUAUACCAAAUGAUACUCCAUGUGUGUGAUUAUAACAAAGAAGCAUAAUGUUCAUUAAAUCAUCAAACUAAAGAUAUAUAGUCAUGUUAAAAAUGGUCACGACCCUCUUGCAAGUUCUUGAAUUUUCUGCUAGACUAUUUUAAUUCAUUUUCGAGUAAAAAAAGAAUUUUACUACAAAUUUGUCAUAUGUAAUAAAAGAAUGUAUUUGUAUAUGAUUAGUAGCAAGGCUCAAAUAUGCCUUGUCCACUUUUAACAAGUUAUUUAUAGAUGAUAGGGAUUUUAUUUGGUCUUUUUAAAUAUCUUGUAUUAUAUGCCAACGUGUCUCUUAAUUAAGCAUGUGAAUUUAAUAGUCUAGAGAUGUGAAAAUGGAGAUUUAGGAACUGUCUGUUGUACAAUUUACCUUUUCUGUGACACUAUAAUUCUGGUACCAAAUUUAUGAUUUGAUGAUAUCUGGUUUAUGUUAAUAACUAUAUCCACCUUGAUAGAGAAUGUUGUAUUAUGCAAAUCAAUUAUAAUGCCUUGAAUGUGAAUAACCCAAAAAACGGCCUAAAAAUGGUAUUGAAAUACAAUUAAAAGGAAAGUUUAAUGAUAUGACUGGGAUAUGCAAACAAAAUUACUGUGUUAUGCCCCCUUGACAGUGGAAUAUACUUCAUUACCCUUACAUGGCGGUUGUGCCAUUUUUUUUAUUUUUUUUAUUUUUUUUUUUGGGGGGGGGGGGGGAGGAGGAUGAGGAGGGGAGGCGGGUAUACCACUAGAAACCCAGUACCUUCACAGUCUUGGAUGAUUUGAGAGGUUGUGCAUUACCAUCAUUAGCUUCAAGCCUAGAUACGUUCCUUGCUUGAAGAUACACUGUUCUAAUAUUCAACAAGGUAGUGGGAUUCUUUAGGUAUCUGAAUUCUAAAAAAAAUACUUCCAAUACCCAUGGAUAUGCAAAUUAUAGACAAUGAUGAUACACACUCUACAUAGAUCAACAUUGCUACUUGGAUGGUAUAGUUGAUACUUUUCUCUUAUAUAUGAGAAAUUUUUAUUUAAUCUCUUUGGGGCAUAUAUUUAUAUAUAUAUAUCAAAAAUUGUUUGCUGCUUUUGCAAAUGUUGAUAUCAUUUUCAUUAUUCUUGUUAUUAUUAUUAUUUUCAUUGUUGAUGUUUUUGUUAUUGUUAUUGAUAUUAUUUAUUAUAUUAUUGUUAACAAUGUUAUCACCACUUUUUCUUCAGUGAUAAAAAUGAUGCAUGUAAUUAUAUACAAAUCUAAUGUAGCUAUAGUUUUUUAGUAUUAUAUCAAUUUGAAUGAAUAAUAAUAGACUUCUGCUUCAUUGAAAAAAAUUCUUUUUGUAAUGGUAUUGUACCUUCAUAAUUCCAUAGAUAUGCUUUCAGUUGCUUUGGCAACAUAUAUUUUUCAUGUUCUGGUCAAAGUCAUUUUUUUAUACUUAAUUGUUAUACAUAAUAUACAUUGGUCUGAUUGCGUGGAAGAGCGGCAAUACAAUGUUAUUUUACCUUUUCCAUUAAUCUGUCAACUCUCUUUGCACAGACCAGUAGUAUUUUGACCCAUUUUUUAUUUUUACAUCAAGAUAUUUUUUUAUUGCUAUGUAGUAAUCUACCCUACUAAUACCUCAUUGAUUUUAUAUGAAAUUAAGUCGGAUUUAUCAAUAAAAUAACGUGGGAUUAAA